UAUUUAAAAGUUGAAUCUACUGGUGAAUUUAUGUAUUUCACAUGUUCUAGGGACGAAAACAUACAUUGGAUUUACAUUAGAGAUACAAAAAGCACGAAAUGACAGAGUUGUUUUCCUAUAUAGGGUUAAAAAUUAGAACAUACAUAAUUUCACAAAAUCUUGUUUAUCUCAGAGAUUUUGAAGAAUUUAACUCAAAUAUGAAGUUUUAUAAAUAUUUCAUGAAGAUUGAGAAAAUCCUGGGCCUAAACUAUGAUGAGUCAGCAUAAAUUCACAGUUUACAGUACGCAUUGUUUACUUAAAGACCUGAAUUAAAAAUAAAUUCAUAAUAUAUGCCUAUUUGUAAUUUAAAUUGUUUAGAAGUGCUUAUAUUUACUCUUCGCAGUCAUUGCAACCCAUUGAUCCUUCUUAAAUAUUUUUGGUGGGGUGUUUUUGUCCUAUCGAUAACCCAAAAGUAAGCCGUAACACCUAAAUGUGCUUUUUGUGACUGCGGCAUAAAAAGUACAAGCUAGAAUUACAAUAAGACCCCAAUAAAACUUACAAUAGUGUGUUCUAUCCUAAAUAUGUACCAAAUAUUCCACAUCUCUAGAAACAGGGAAAAAAAUUAGGAAAUGUGAGGCCCCAGGGGCAAAAAACUGAGAAAAAUGCCUCCCCCUGGUUCAUAAAACAGAUAAUUUAACUUCUAAAUGCUAGGAUUUUAUUAUUUUAAAGGUCUUUUGUAAAGAAAACAAUAACUGUGCUAGGAAGUUAUGCAAAAAUCAGAUGUAAGCAGUCAUUUCUAUCAAACUUUUAAUGAAUUUAUGCACCAGACUGAUAUCUUCAUAAAUACAACUUUUGCAAAUAUGGCUUUGUUUAAACACUUCUAGUUCAUAUAUUAACUAACUUAUGUUAGAUAUAUGGUUAGGGAUGAUACUGUUGUAACAUGAAUUCUAAACUGACCAUUUGAGGCAGAAAUUGUGAACUUUCAUUGACAAAUAGGCAUACAGUAAGUUGUGGACUGGAGACACAGGCAGGAUUGGAUACUUUGUAUAAUCUUGAAUGUUGGAAUGAUUAACUACUAAACAUUACAUUUAUAGUAUUUUAAAAUGCUUUCAAUUUGUUAUCAGAAUAGUUUCAGACAGGUUUUAGACAGUUCAUGUCAGAAAACAUACACAUAGGGUAAGCUGGCAGUAAUUAAAGUCUUGUUUUCAAAUUCUUUAAAAAAUUAAAACAGUGGUAGGGGUAUAAAUGGUACUGUAAAAGGAAACUUAGAGUAUAUGCAGUGAUUUCUGUAAGGCUAUAAUUCUGAUAAAUAAGUAUUGUUGUGAGAAAAAGUGUUUUUAGAGAGUUUUCUAUUUGAAUAAAUGUUUGUUUGGGUUGCACUUUGUAAAUACAGCUGUUUCUCAAACCACGCCUCUUUUGGGGAGAUAUAUAAUAUUCAUAGAUAUGUUAAUUUGUUAACGUACUGGUUCCCAUUUAUGAUCUCUGUGUUUCAUUUCAUAGAGACAUCACUUGGGAAUGUAUCCAGUAUAGAAAAACAUGGUAGCGCCUAAAUUUUAAUUCUUAGGAGGUCCAAAAAUGGAGGUAAGGGUAGUAUAGAAUUUUAGUAUAAGUUUAAACUCUUAGAAGUUCAGGGCAUAUAAAUGUUGAAAAUAUGCCGCACAGCCCUAUAUUUUGACCUUUGAAUAAAAUAGUAGUGCAUAUAAACUUUCCGUUCUAGGAUAUUAUUUUUCACGAAACUUCAUAGUAAAAGUGUUACAGUUUUAGCCGCAAAGGGAGUUCCUAUGGGAAAUUGCAUUGUCUAUAUUUACAGAAUUGCAACCUCUAGUGGCAGACCAGCUACGGUGAUACCAGAAGAAGCAGAAAACUAUCUACGUAUUGCUAACCUUUUAAAAAGAGUUGCACCUUCUACUAUCCGGAUACAAUUUAUCAACGAAUUUCAUCCUGGUGGAUUAAAAUCAGUUUUAAGUAAAAACAGAUUAAACAUCUUAGAACCCCAGAAAAGAAAGAGAAUAAUAAACCAAACGCAAUGGGAUUUGUUAUUUCCAGUGACAGGAAAUACCUCUUCCGAGUUUUAUGAUCUGACAUUAAUGAUAUGUCUGAUGAAACAUGUAAUUGACAUAGAGGUAGGCGAUAAUCUACCGUUUCCUAUAGAUCAAAAUCUAUCAAGGCUUAGAUACUACAGAAACAAUAUCAUGCACAGCGAUGAUGGUACUUUGUCAUAUUCAAUUGUUAAUGAGUGGUUGAAAGAAAUAACUCAGGCAAUUAUAAGACUUGGUGGCACUAGAUUUGUCGAACUUUGCAAUCAUUUGAAAGAACGUCAUCUGGAUGCCAAUGAUAAGGAAAUUAUCACGGAGCUAAAGAACAGAAGUAGAAAUUUAAACCCGUCCCAAAGGGUUUGAGGAAAAUUUGCGAAGACACAGUAGGUGAAUGGAAAAAAGAAAAUGAAGCAGAUACAAGAGCAAUAAGACGAUUAAAUGAAAUAAUUGCAACACAUAACGUAGCAGUAGCGGUUGGACCAUCGGGAUGCGGUAAAUCUACUGCAAUUCAUUACAUUGCCUUGCAAUUGGCUUUGAAACACGAAUAUACCAUAAUUAUUGUAUACAACCCUGAAGAUAUAAGACAGUUUUACGAUCCAGAUUGUAAACAAGUUUUUUUGAUAGAUGAUGUGUUUGGCAUAGCUACAUUCGAUGAAAAUAAUGCAAUGAAAUGGUUAGAAAUGUCCAAUGACAUCAAGAAAAUUCUAAAUUACAAUCAAACAAAGCUGUUAGCUUCGUGCAGAACACACAUAUUUCAAAACCGAAUAGCUAACACUAUUGAUGUUUUAUCAGACUUUAGUUGUGACUUUAUAUCAGCCGAUUAUUGCUUAACCGAAGAUAAAAGGGAAUGCAUUGCAAGUUUAUAUUUAACAAAAAAGGAAAUAAGAGAUCUCAAAUCUUCAAAUAUUUUUCAAAAUUUGACUUUUUUCCAGUUCUUUUUUGAUAUUAUUCUAAUCAUAAUUCGGGUUUUAUAGUUAUUUUUUUUUCAAAUCCGAUACCAGCCGUAGAGGAUGAGCUGUAUUUGCUUUUCACAGCAUCUGAUCAAAUCACGUUUGCAACGUUAUUUCUGUUUGUUGUCUUUAAUAACUGUAUUCAGGAAAAUCUAUUUAUUGAAAAAAUAAAGAUCAAAGCAAAACUUGAAGACCUAUCUGAUAAUUUUAACGUAAAAUCAAAGUUCUCAGUUGAAAUUGCAAAACUUGAAAAAAAAGAUAAACGCUGCAUACACAUACAUCCAUGAUAAGGUAUUUGAGAUUUUUGUGCAUUUCUGUGGUAUACAUGUGUUUGACUUUAUGCUGGAAGUAGCACACCAAUGUGUCAUACGUGAUCGUUUUGUAUUUAAAAGUUUACCGAGAGAAACCAUCAAGCAUGCAAAUGUAGUGGAAAUCGCGCUUGAAAAGGAAAACAAAUAAUUUUGAAAGAUUGAAAAAAGAUACAGAACAGGGUUUAUUACAAAUUGUUUUCUCAAAUCCAAAUUUGAAUGACGCAGUAUUUCGUUUUAAUUUCAUAACCCGUAUUGUAAAGGAUAUAGUUGUUUCAUUACCAGCUAAAACGGUAUUUUCAUUGUUAAUGUCUAUGAUUGAUCUCGGUUUUUGCGACAUUGUAUCUAUUCUGUUGACAAAAGAUAUAGAUUUAAAUCAGAUACAUUGGGAUGGCGAAACUGCUCUGUUUAAAGCUGCGUGUAAAGGAUACACUGGUAUCGUUGAACUACUGUUAAAAAAAUAUGCUGAUCCAAAUGUUCAUGCUUGUUUCAAUUUUUUAAAUCACAUUGAAAAGGUACAUCCUGGUAUUACUGUAAACGGUAUCUAUGAUAAAUGGCCCACUUUAUCUGCGUAUUCUCUCCCUUCGAACAAAAUUGACUUUUGCACAAACGUAUGUGUAAUUAACUCCGAGCCAUUAGCUUCAAAAAUACCAUGCGCCAUCGGUCCAUUUACUGUUAAAACAUACCUGAAAGAGCUUGCCAGUAGGAAAAAGUCUCAUUUUGAGCGAUGUGAAACGUACAAAGUAUCACCACUUCAUAUUGCUGCAAGUAAACGUUAUACUGAAAUUGUAAAAUUAUUAUUGGAGCACAACGCUCAAACUGGUUUUUCGACUAAAAAUCGGCUGAUAGCUUCUCCCUUGCUUAUAGCUUCAACUCAAGGUUACACAGAUAUUGUUAAAUUGUUGUUACAGAAGAAAGCGUAUACCAAUAAACCAGAAAUAAAUUUUAACGAGAAAGAAUACAGUCAGUCAAGUUUCGAGGCUUCUUUGCAUAUGGCUGUUGAGAAGGGUUAUUAUGAAAUUUUAGAAUUACUGCUUAAUCAUAAUGUUGAUUAUUUUCCAUACGACGAAAAUUUACGAAUGAGUACGUCACAUACUAAUUUCAAUAUGAAGUUUUAUUUAAAUAUGCUUUCAAUUGCAGCUUCUAAUGGUCAUUAUAGAAUACUAAAAUUGCUUUUAGAACAAAAUUCUGCCUCAAAUUUGUGCGAUGAACAUUAUGUGUUGCUGCUAUUUAAAUCAAUAGAUGACGGAAACAAAGAAAUUGUACAAUUGAUAAUAGAACAUAAUUUUAAUCUUAAUAUAUGUUAUGAAAUCAACGAAUCACCUUUGUGUAGGGCUACAUCUCUAGGUCAUUAUGAGAUAGUAAAAUUGUUGUUAAAACACGAUUUUGAUUCUUAUAUUUGUAAAAAUGAUUAUAAAUCACCUCUCCACAUAGCUGCAUUAAAGGAUCACACUCAGAUUGUAAUAUUACUGCUUGAAAAUAACAAUAAUCCUAACAUACUAUAUCAGGACGGACAAUCAGCCUUGCAUAUUGCAACGCAUAAAAGUCAUUUAGAGAGAGCAAAAAUAUUGUUGCAACAUAAAUGUGAUCCUAAUGUAUGUGACAAAGAGAAAGAAUCACCAUUGUUUAUCGCUUCACAAAGUGGUAGUACUAAUAUUGUAAAAUUAUUGUUGGAUAAUGAUUGUGAUCCCAAUGUAUGUAAUAAACACAAUCAGUCACCUCUGUUUAUGGCAUCUCUGAGGGGUUAUAUUGAGAUUGUCAAGUUAUUGUUGAAUCAUAAUUCCGAUCUUAAUAUAUGUAAUGAAUACAGUGAAUCGCCUUUGUUUGCCACAUCACGGCGAGGUCGAGCUGAUAUCUUAAAGUUAUUGUUAGAUCAUAAUUCUGUUCCUCAUUUAUAUAAUAGAUACAAUGAUUCACCCCUGUCUAUUGCUUCGUUUUGGGGUUAUACUGAGAUUGUUAACUUAUUGUUAUGUUAUAAUAGUGAUACUCAAAUGUAUAAGGGAUGUGCUAAAUUUUCUCUGUUUACGGCUUUACAGUGCGGUCAUACAGAGAUUGUAAAAUUAUUGUUAGAAAAUAAUUGCGAUCCUGAUGAAUGUAAUAAAUACCAAGAAUCUCCCCUAUUUGUUGCUUCAUUUCUGUGUCAUACUGAAAUUGUAAAAUUAUUGUUUGAUUAUAAUUGUGAUCCUCAUGUGUGUAAUGUAAACAAUGAAUCCCCACUUUUUACUGCGUCGAGAUGGGGAUUUACUCAGAUUGUUGAAUUAUUGUUAGAUCAUAGGAGUCGUCCUAAUCUAUGUAAUAGAGACAAUGAAUCGCCUUUGUUUGCCGCUUCGUGUAAAGGUUAUAUUGAUACUGUAAAAUUGUUGUUAGAUCAUAAUAGUGAUGCUAAUAUUUGUAAUAGAGACAAGAAAUCACCUCUGUUUGCCGCUUGUUUUCAAGGUCACACUGAAGUUGUAAAAUUAUUGUUAGAUUAUAAUAGUGAUGUUAAUAUUUGUAAUAAGGACAAAAAAUCACCUCUGUUUGCCGCUUGUUUUCAAGGUCACACUGAAGUUGUAAAAUUAUUGUUAGAUCAUAAUUGUGAGCCUAAUAUAUGUAAUAAAGACAAUGAAUCUCCUUUGUUUAUCGCAUCAUACUAUGGUCAAACUGAUGUUGUCAAUUUAUUGUUAGAUCAAAAUAGUGAUGUUAAUAUUUGUAAUAAAGACAAUAAAUCACCUCUGUAAAUCGCUUCCUCUUACGGUCAUACAGAAAUUGUAAAAUUAUUGAUAGAUCACAAUUGUGAUCCUGAUAUAUGUAAUAAAGACAAUAAAUCACCCCUGUUGGCCGCUUUUUUUGAAGGUCAUAUUGAAACUGUAAAAGUAUUGUUAGAGCAUAAUUGUGAUCCUAAUGUAUGUAAUAAUGACAAUGAAUCUCCUCUGUUUAUCGCAUCAUACUAUGGUCAAACUGAUACAGUAAAAUUAUUUUUAGAACAUAAUAGUGAUGCUAAUAUAUGUAAUAAAGGCAAUAGUUCUCCUCUGUUGGUCGCUUCCUUAUACGGUCAUACUGAAAUUGUAAAACUAUUGUUAGAUUACAAUUGUGAUCCUCAUAUAUGUAAUUAAGACAAUAAAACACCCCUGAUGGCCGCUUUUUUUCAAGGUCAUAUUGAAAUUGUAAAGCUAUUGUUAGAUCAUAAGUGUGAUCCUAACGCAUGUUAUAAAGACAAUGAAUCUCCUCUGUUUGUAGCUUGUUCAUCAAAUCGUUGUAAAACUGAUACUGUAAAAUUAUUGUUAAAUUAUGAAAGUGAUCCUAAUAGAUAUAAUAAAGACAACGAAUCACCUAUGAUUGUCGCAUCAUACUAUGGUCAUUCUAUGGUUGUGAAGUUAUUGUUAUAUUAUAAUAGUGACGCUAAUAUAUGUAAUAAAGACAAUGAAUCUCCUCUUUUCGUCGCUUCCUCUGUCGGUAAUACUGAAACUGUAAAAUUAUUGUUAGAUCAUGAUAGUGAUGCUAAUAUCCGUAAUAAAGACAAUAAAUCUCCUCUGUUUGUCGCUUCCUCUUAUGGUCGUACUGAAAUUGUUAAAUUAUUGUUAGAUCAUAAAAGUGAUCCUAAUAUAUGUAAUAAAGACAAUAAAUCUCCUCUGUGUGUCGCAUGUGCAUCAUAUCGCUGUAAUAUUGAAAUAGUAAAAUUAUUGUUAGAUCAUAAUGGUGAUCCUAAUAUAUGUAAUAUAGACAAUAAAUCUCCUCUGUUUGUCGCAUGUGCAUCAUAUCGCUGUUAUACUGAUACUGUCAAAUUAUUGUCAGAUCAUAAAAGUGAUCCUUAUAUAUGUAAUAAAGACAAUGAAUCUCCUCUGUUUGUAACAUGUGCAUCAAUUCGUUGUAAUACUGAUGCUGUAGAAUUAUCGUUGUUAGAUGAUGAUUAUUAUAUUCUUAUGAAUAAUGAAGACACUUCUUUUCAAAAUCAUAUUGAAAUUAUAAAAUUAUUGUUAGAUCACAAUUAUGAUCCUAAUAUUUGUAAAAAAGAUAAUAGAUCUCCUUUGUUGGUCGCUUCCUGUGAUGAUCAUUCCGAAAUUGUAAAAUUAUUGUUGGAUCAUAAUAGUGAUCCUAACCAAUGUAAUAAAGAUAAUAAAUCACCUCUGUUUGUCGCAUCAUACUAUGGUCAAACUGAGGUUGUGAAGUUAUUGUUUGAUUAUAAUAGUGAUGCUAAUAUUUGUGAUGAAGACAAUGUAUCACCUCUGUUGGUUGCUUCCUUUGGUGGUCAUACCGAAAUUGUAAAAUUAUUUUUAAAUUAUAAUAGUGAUCCUUAUAUAUGGGAUAAACUCAAAAAAACAACUUUGUUGGUCGCUUUAUUUCAAGGUCAUAUUGAAAUUGUAAAAUUAUUGUUAGAUCAUAAUUGUGAUCCUAAUAUGUAUAAUAAAGACAAUAAAACUCCUCUGUUUGUCGCUUGUGCAUCAUAUUGCUGUAAUAUUGAUACUGUAAAAUUAUUGUUAGAUCAUAAAAGUGAUCCUUAUAUAUGUAAUAAAGACAAUGAAUCUCUUCUGUUUGUAGCAUCAUACUAUGGUCAUUCUAUGGUCGUGAAGUUAUUGUUAGAUCAUAAUGGUGAUCCUAAUAUAUGUAAUAUAGACAAUAAAUCUCCUCUGUUUGUCGCAUGUGCAUCAUAUCGCUGUAAUACUGAUACUGUCAAAUUAUUGUCAGAUCAUAAAAGUGAUCCUUAUAUAUGUAAUAAAGACAAUGAAUCUCCUCUGUUUGUAACAUGUGCAUCGAUUCGUUGUAAUACUGAUGCUGUAGAAUUAUCGUUGUUAGAUGAUGAUUCUUAUAUUCUUAUGAAUAAUGAAGACACUUCUUUUCAAAAUCAUAUUGAAAUUAUAAAAUUAUUGUUAGAUCACAAUUGUGAUCCUAAUAUUUGUAAAAAAGAUAAUAGAUCUCCUUUGUUGGUCGCUUCCUGUGGUGGUCAUUCCGGAAUUGUAAAAUUAUUGUUGGAUCAUAAUAGUGAUCCUAACAUAUCACUACAAACCAGUAAAAGUCUGAAAUGGCCUAUAUCUGUACUCGACUGUACUGAUUUUUACUCGACCAGUCUGAAUUGGUCUGAAUUUUACUCGACAUUACUCGACCCCUUACAUUACUUAACCAUACUCGACCGUACUGAUUUGUACUUGACCCUUAUCUUUGCCAUUGAAAAUAGUCUGAAACAGUCUUAACCCAUUCUCGACCUGUACCCGACCAAUUUUUUCAUUUUAAACCAUACUCGACCAAAGGUCUGAACAAUACUCGACCAGUCUGAACCAUACUUGAACAAAAAACCUAUCCUUUUUUUUAAUUUUAGCUGUUAAAAUUAGUUUCUUUUUUAUUGACGUGACAACAGCCACAAUAAAAUAAAGAUAUAUAUAAAAACAUAUUUUUACAUCCUUACAUGAUUCUCAAAUUUAUCAAAUAGAGAUAGUUAAACUAAAUUAUCUUAUAUGAUAAUUUAAUUAUAUUGAUUUUAAAGUUUUAGAGUUUUGUUAAAAAAAAGGUUUUCUUUUAACUAAAAACCACACCUUUACUGAGGGUAAUAAAACCUUAUUAAGGUGCUUCUUGUUUGGCAUGUGUUUUUUUUUUUUUUUUUUUAACUUAAUUUUCCUAAAUUCCUAAAGAAAAACUAUAUAGGUUUCAUGGUUACAUACAAUAGUUAUAUAAUUAUCUUUUUAAUGAGGUAACAACAGCCAAAAAAUCACUGAAAUUGUUUAACCUUUUAUUAGAAAUAUAUCUAUUCUUAUUAUAAUUUGGGGUAUUAUAUAUAAUAUAUAUCAAAAAGGGAUAAAAAAAUUAAAGAAAUAGAUAAAAUUUUUCUUCUGACUAGUGGUAAAGUAGAAAGUAAUAUCUCCUGCUUUGGGCAAACUCAUUAAAAAGAUCACACCUGGUCAGAGAGUAUUAAUUUCUUAUUAACAUUCAUUAAAAAUUGCAACAUCCUGUAAAACUUAAAUCGCAAGGCCUUUUGAAUUCACUAGAUAAGUAAUACACGAGUUUAAGAAAAAAAGGGCUUUCUUUUUACCUGUAAACCACACAUGUACUGAGGUAAAUAAACCUUAUUAAAGUGCUUCUUGUAUGCCAUGUCUUUAAUUUUGACAAAAGUUAUUUAAAUUUAAUUGAAAUAAAUUUUUUAUGCAACUUUGGAACACAUUUCCUUUUUUAAAUGGUUAUCAAGGAUUGCUACGGAAGUUCUAUUAUCAUGAUUAUAUUAAAUUCUUGGUUUUACAAAACAAAGGUGUGAUUUUUAAAAUUUAUUAAGUUGCUUUAUAUACUAUUUUAAAUAUAUUUUAAUAAAAAAAAAAUGUUCACUGCAUUAUUAACUAAACUCAACUGACACCAUAAAUCUAUACAAGGCUUAAGUAAAUGGUGAAAAUUGUCCAGUAACCAUAUAAUAUAUCUGAAACAUUCAAAAAAAUUUGAAUAACAUUGAAAAUAUAAGUCACAAUUCAGUUUUGAGAUUAUUUGAUCAGCUUGUUUUAUUUUUAUUUUAAAGGUGAUAUAUAUAAGUAAGCGUUGAUAAAUAUGGUGUUGAAUUUAUAUUAUGUUUAUUGUGAAAUUUUGGUUUCAAUGCCAUAUUGGUUACAUUUUGAAUUUCAAAUUGUUGUUCAAAUUUCUAGCCAGGGAAAAUAACUGUUAAAAACAGUUCCUAAAUUGAUAAAAUACAAUAGAUAGAUACAAAAAUUAGGUCUAGGUUGGUUAAGACUGAGUCGAGAAUGGUUCAGACUAGGUCGAGUAUGGUUCAGACUAGGUCGAGCAUGGUUCAGACGAAAAUAAAAUGGUUAAGUACUGGUCGAGUAAAGGUCGAGUACAAGUUCAGACUGUUAAGUAUGGUUCAGACUACAGUCGAGUAUUAUCAAGUAAAUUUCAGACCAAUUCAGACUGGUCGAGUAAAAAUCAGUACAGUCGAGUACAAAUAUAGGCCAUUUCAGACUUUAACUGGUUUGUAGUGUAUGUAAUAAAGAUAAUAAAUCACCUCUGUUUGUCGCAUCAUACUAUGGUCAAACUGAGGUUGUGAAGUUAUUGUUAAAUUAUAAUAGUAAUGCUAAUAUUUGUGAUGAAAACAAUGUAUCACCUCUGUAUGUCGCUUCCUCUGGUGGUCAUACCGAAAUUGUAAAAUUAUUAUUAGAUUAUAAUAGUGAUCCUUAUAUAUUUGAUAAACUCAAAUAAAGAUAAUGAGUCUCCUCUUCAAGCUGCUAUACGUAGAAACCAUACUGAAAUUGUUCGUUUAUUAAACAAAUACCAUUUUGUCGAUAUUUGUCAUGAUGCCACUUCCUAAUCGUUCUCAACUUACGAAGGUCAAAUAUUGAAAAACAUUUGUAAUUGUAUCACUCAAGGGAUGAGGUAUGACAAGACCCAUUAAGGCCCAUGACAUUUCAAUUUUUUAUCUAAUCAUUUAAGGAAGUAUGUUCAUUUAUAUGAUAUAAAACGAUGCUAGACAGGCUUAUGUCUUAUGAAUAUCUGAAGUAUGUCACUUGGCAGUUUUGUAAAAAGAAAAUGAUUUACGAAUGAAGGGACCAAAAAAAGAGUCAUUAUCUUAUCUGUUUUUUGGAAUAUGCAAUAGUAUUUGUUUGUUGUUUAAUGUUUAUGUUUAUUUCUUUAAUAAAUGUUUGAAUUAUA